AUGUCAAUCCUCUACCGCCUCGCAACUACACAUUUCAAACAUACACAUCCCMCCCGACACAAUUCCCAGCCUCUACCAAUAUCAAUGCAAAUGACCUUCCUGCGCCGAACGGCUGCUGGAACAGCGACUCUGACAGUAGAAGACUCCAAAAUAGGAUCGAGAACGUCUACAAUCCACGUCACGCUUUCUCAGGAAGAUGAUAGUAGCAGUGCUAAGCCGAACCACACCAAAAAGCCGACGGCUAAAGUUGUGGGAUACAUCACCGUCUCAGACCCGAUAUCAGACGUUGGACAUUCAGCGCCUUCAACCUGGAAACUGUAUCCGCCUGCACCGAGUGGUGGACCACCCAGCGUUAUCGUUACGCCCGACAACGUGAGCUUAUCACCAGAUAACGCUACGCAGUCAAAAUGGCGACAGACAGGACCAACAGAUUGGGCCAAAUUCAGGCGCGUGGAGCAUCAAUGCAUCACAUUUGGCCCGACAAGCGCGCACAUGAAACCGGGUGUCCUCGAUCAAUGGGCGCGCCUGCGCACGGUGACUUCGGGAUCCUCUGCAGCUGGGAAUGGGAAGUGGACCAACGAGACACUUCCAUUUUUGAGUGACUGGUUUCCUGCAGGACUGGAACAGGUGGGUUAUCAAGCCCUAUCUUCGUCGGCGUCGCCACCAUCAACAAGACCAAAGAUCCCACCGUUUUGGUAUCCCACUGUCACGCUGAAUAUAGACUUCAAGAAGAGUCUUCCGCCCCAGGGGGUGGAUUGGUUAUAUUCUCGGGUGGAGAUGAAAUCCGUCCGGAAUGGGAGGAUGGAUAUCGAGGUGAUCAUCAUGGACGAACAGGGGGAAAUUGUCGCGUUGUGUUCUCAUAUCGGAUUGGUGGUUCCUAUUGAGCGGAACACGAGUGGGCGAAAAUAUGAAAAGUCCAAGAUGUGA